CCGCUAGAAUUUAUUGAGUGCGAACGCUUGUUGAAGUGCAGAAAGCUCUCCAAAUAUCUUGAAUACCAGUGAAUUUCCAGUUGAAAAUCAAUCGCAAUAGCAAGUUUGAGUUGACAGUGAUAACGAUUUCACAGUUGUUCGAAUCAUUCUUGUGCGAGAACAUUGCCUUUUCCCUUCAGAACAUAGGACAUUCGUGGCCACAUUGCUGAGACCAUUUUCUUGAGAAAAAGUCAGACUGUCAGUGUGCUUUCUUUUCUCUCCCGCAUCUGAAUAUCGCUGAACUCUCUCAUAAGCUGCUAAACGUUUUCCCAACUGUGCAUCUCCAUAGUCGCAGAGUCGAUUGCGAUUUUGGGCGGAAGUUUGGGAGACGGAGGUGGAAACGCAUCCUCAGCGGGUCGAAGGACACUCAAGGACAUCCUCGAGCACAGUGUGAAAUUAUCUUAUUCUGAUCCUCGACGCCUGAGAAUCUGUUGCAUUUUUGCUUGGAGUGAAAUUCCACGUCGAUUGCCGAGAAGGCACUUUCCCAAAAAGUCACUUACCAUUGAAUUUCGCUGAAGAUCGCAUCACCUGAAAGUGCAUUCGUCAAGUCGUGUGAAAACAAGAACAUCAGUUUACUUUCCAUUGCGCUCGUGAGGCGAGGAAUGGCACCACCCAAUGAUGCUGAGAGACGGGAAUUGAUGGCAUGGGAAGCACCGUUGAAGCAGGGACUCUACGAUCCGGAGAAUGAGCAUGAAGCGUGCGGAGUUGGUUUUAUCGUGUCCAUUGAUGGGAAGUCAUCGCAUAAGAUUCUGCGUGAUGCCCAAACUCUAUCCGAACGGAUGAUCCAUCGAGGCGCUUGCGCUUGUGACAACGACACUGGCGAUGGAGCCGGAGUUCUUGCGUCCAUUCCGCAUGAUCUCUACGCCAAGGAGAUGGCUUCCGAGGGUGUGAUCUUGCCGGAAUUCGGGAAGUACGCCACGGGAAUUCUGUACUUGGACAGAAACAGCCAUGCCGAUGUGGAGAAGGAGUUCAACAUCCUGAGUGAGACGAUUGGGUUGAGCGUGCUCGGGUGGCGCACAGUUCCGGUGGCCAGUGAGGCAAUCGGAGCGGUGGCGCUCAAGAGUGAGCCACUCUCGCGUCAGGUCUUUGUGACGGCGUCUGAGACGUCCACGCUGACGGAGGAGGAGCUCAGGCGGCAGGUGUUUGUGCUGCGAAAGCGUGCCACACACGAACUGCCCAAGCCCGGGCGUCGAUUCUACAUCUGCUCGCUGUCGCUCAAGACAAUCGUCUACAAGGGGCUCUUCACGUCCGACCAAUUGUGGGAAUACUACGUGGACCUGAAGAAUCCCGAUUUCUACUGCUACCUGGCGCUGGUGCACACGCGCUUCAGUACCAACACUUUUCCAUCCUGGGAGAGAGCCCAUCCUCUGCGUAUGAUCGCUCACAAUGGGGAGAUCAACACGCUGCGCGGCAAUGUGAACUACAUGAAGGCGCGCGAGGGAGUGAUGAAGAGCGAAGUGUUUGGUGACGAACUGAAGACGCUUUUCCCAGUGGUGGAGCCCAAUCUCUCUGAUUCCGGAUCAUGCGAUUGCGUGCUAGAGUUUCUCACAAUGGCCAGCAAUCGUGACUUACCCGAGGCCGUGAUGACGAUGGUUCCCGAGGCGUGGCAAAAUGACAAGACAAUGCCACAGGAUAAGAGGGACUUCUACCAGUGGGCGGCGUGUGUGAUGGAGCCCUGGGAUGGCCCGGCUCUCAUCUCUUUCACCGAUGGACGCUACAUUGGCGCUAUUCUUGAUCGCAACGGUCUGCGUCCGUCGCGAUUCUACGUCACGAAGGACAACAUUCUCAUCAUGGCAUCGGAAGUGGGUGUAUACGAUGUGCCGCCACAGGAUGUUGUCCUAAAGUCUCGCCUGAAGCCUGGCAGGAUGCUUCUUGUAGACACACAAGAGAAGGCUCUCAUUCAGGAUGUUCAGCUGAAAAAGCAUAUCGCUAAUUCUCGUCCGCAUUCUCAGUGGCUCAACGAAAAGAUUGUCCUGGACGAGAUCCGUCAAGCUGACAUGCUAGCUGGUGGUGAUAGAUCGAUGAGUCAUCACGCGAAUGGUCGUUUGGAAGUGAAGCGUCGCGAUGGGAUACUUGAUCCGCGACUUCUGCUCUUUGGCUACACUACCGAGACCGUGAAUAUGUUGCUGAUGCCGAUGAUUGAGAACAAGAAGGAGGCUCUUGGAUCUAUGGGAAAUGAUGCUCCGCUGGCGUGUUUGUCAGCUUUUCAACCACUUCCCUAUGAGUACUUCAAGCAACUCUUCGCCCAAGUCACCAAUCCACCGAUUGAUCCAUUCCGUGAGAAGAUUGUCAUGUCACUCCAGUGUCCAAUGGGCCCGGAGGGGAACAUGUUGCAGCCAUCGGCUCAGCAAGUUCAUCGGAUUUGGCUUAAUAAUCCCAUUUUGAGUAUUUCUGACACGGAGAUCUUGAAGCGCAAUCGCCACAGGGACUGGAAGACGAAGAUUCUGGACAUUACUUUUCCGUGUGAAGAGGGCCCUGAUGGGUACAGCAGUGCUCUGCAGAGGGUCUGUCUGGAGGGACAAGCGGCAGCUGAACAAGGUUAUCAAUUGCUAGUGCUGUCCGAUCGUCUGGCGGGUCCGAAGAGAUGCCCCUUGUCAGCUCUGCUAGCUCUCGGUGCACUUCAUCACCAUUUGAUUGAAUCACGCCAGCGUAUGAAGGUCGGAGUGAUUGUGGAGACGGCUGAGGCAAGAGAAGUGCAUCACAUGUGUGUACUUCUGGGCUAUGGCGCUGAUGCCAUCUGCCCUUAUUUGGUAUUUGAAAUGGCAGCAGCGCUUAGAGAGGACGGUGUUCUGUCUAAGGACUUGACAGACCAUCUUAUCUAUCAGGCGUAUUCCCAAGCGAUUGACACUGGAAUUGCUAAAGUGAUGGCAAAGAUGGGCAUCAGUACUCUGCAAUCAUACAAAGGAGCUCAGAUAUUUGAGGCUGUGGGUAUCGGCGAGGAUGUCAUAAAUCUCUGCUUCCGCGGAACUCAGAGCCGUAUUGGAGGAGUGAAUCUCAAGAUUAUGGCUCUGGAGACACUGACCAGACACGGUUUAUCGUAUGAUAUUGCGGCUCCUGAUAUGAAAAUCUUGAGGAAUCCGGGUCAGUAUCACUGGAGAACUGGUGGAGAGGGACAUAUAAACGAUCCGGCAUCUAUUGCUGCUCUGCAAGAGGCAGCAGUGGCUAACGAUAUGAGUGCUUAUGAGAAGUAUCGAGCCAACACAAUGCAAAGUGUGAGACAGUGCACUCUCCGUGGCCAGUUGAAACUUGUGGAGAACCGACAGAAGAUUCCUUUGGAAGAAGUGGAGUCCGCUUCUGAGAUUGUGAAGCGCUUCGCCACUGGAGCCAUGAGUUUUGGUAGUAUUUCACUGGAGGCGCACGCCACUCUGGCCGUGUCUAUGAAUAGAAUUGGCGGGAAGAGCAAUACUGGCGAAGGUGGAGAGAAUGCCGAUCGCUAUCUCAACCAGGAUCCGGAAUUUAACAAAAGAUCAGCUAUUAAGCAAGUUGCUAGCGGAAGAUUUGGCGUGACAGCGGCUUAUUUGGCCAAUGCUGAUGAUUUGCAGAUCAAGAUGGCUCAAGGUGCAAAGCCUGGCGAAGGAGGUGAACUUCCUGGCUACAAAGUCACCAAGGAUAUUGCCAGCACCAGGCAUUCGGUGCCCGGGGUGGGACUCAUUUCGCCGCCGCCACAUCACGAUAUCUACUCCAUUGAGGAUCUCGCGGAGCUCAUCUACGAUCUCAAGUGCUCCAAUCCCAGGGCCAGAAUCAGUGUAAAGCUGGUGUCAGAAGUGGGCGUAGGCGUUGUAGCUGCUGGUGUGGCGAAAGGAAAAGCUGAACACAUCACGAUUUCUGGGCACGAUGGCGGAACUGGUGCGAGUUCGUGGACAGGAAUAAAAGCUGCUGGUUUGCCAUGGGAACUCGGUAUUGCAGAAACACAUCAAGUUCUUGUAUUGAAUGAUUUACGUUCCAGAGUUGUUGUUCAAGCUGAUGGACAACUGAGGACGGGAUUCGAUGUGGUUGUAGCGGCUCUUCUGGGCGCUGAUGAGUUCGGCUUCAGCACGGCUCCACUGAUCGUCAUGGGAUGCACGAUGAUGCGCAAGUGUCAUCUCAACACUUGUCCUGUGGGCAUCGCUACUCAAGAUCCUGUCCUGAGGGCUAAAUUCACGGGUCAGCCGGAACAUGUUGUUAACUUCUUCUUCAUGCUGGCUGAAGAUAUCCGUCAGAUUAUGGCUAAUUUGGGCAUUCGCAAAUUCCAAGAGUUGAUUGGCCGCACGGAUUUGCUAACCGUGCGUCCGGACGUCUUGUCAGAGAAAACGUCUGCUCUGAACUUCGCCCUCUUGCUCAAGAGUGCACUGGAUUUGCGUCCUGGAACGAAUAUCAUCGGUGGAUCGAUGCCACAAAACUUCGAGUUGGAGAAGCGAGCUGACAAUGUGCUGAUCGAGAAGUGCAGACCGGUGAUUGAGGGCAGGCAGAAGUCAGUUGUCCUGAAUAUGGAAAUUCACAAUGAAGAGCGUGCUUUUGCGUCUACACUGAGUUAUGAGAUUGCUUCGAAGUAUGGAGAGGCGGGACUUCCGGCUGGACAGACAAUUGAAGUGAAUCUAAAGGGAUCUGCUGGACAGAGUUUCUGUGCUUUCCUUGCCAAAGGAGUUACAGUGAAGCUGGAAGGCGAUGGGAAUGAUUACGUGGGCAAGGGAUUAUCUGGAGGUACAGUGAUCAUCACACCGCCCAAAGAGAGUACUUUUGAGUCUCAUCUCAAUGUAAUCGUGGGCAAUGUGUGCCUGUACGGUGCCACUGAGGGAAAGGCCUUCUUCCGCGGAAUUGCUGCUGAGAGAUUCUGCGUGAGGAAUUCAGGCGUUACGGCAGUGGUUGAAGGAGUGGGAGAUCACGGCUGCGAGUACAUGACUGGAGGAUUGGUGGUGAUUCUGGGACUGACGGGGCGUAAUUUUGCUGCUGGAAUGUCGGGUGGAAUUGCUUAUGUCUAUGACAUUGAUGGCAGUUUCCGUGGGAAGACAAACACGGAAUCUGUAGAGUUGCUCCCACUUGAUCAACCUGAUGACAUUGAGGUUGUUCAGGGGCUUCUUGAGCAGUUUGUGGAGCACACGGAUUCCGUGAUUGCUGGACAAAUCCUCAAGGAUUGGCCCUCAGUGUGCACGAAGUUUGUUAAGGUCUUUCCGCAUGAGUAUCAAAGAGCACUGCGUGUGCUUCAAGAGGAAGCCCUCGAGGCUGAGCUGAAGACCGAAAUGAAGUCUAUUGAGAAUGGUCACAAUCAUGGUGAGCCAGCUGUGAAGGAUAUUGAGGACUCUGUGCAGGACGUGGCAAUGGAGAAGAAGAAACUCAGUCAGAUCCUUGACAAGACUCGUGGCUUUAUCAAGUAUAAGCGCGAAACCACUUUUUAUCGUGAUCCUGUGGAGAGGCAAAAGGAUUGGGAUGAGGUGUACAAUUUCCAGCAUGUGAGAAAGAAUCUGAGACGCCAAGCAGCGAGAUGCAUGGAGUGCGGAGUGCCAUUCUGUCAGUCAAACUCUCAUGGAUGUCCUCUGGGGAACAUCAUCCCGAAGUGGAAUGAUUUAGUGUUUCACGAGGACUGGCGAGAGGCGCUCAAUCAACUGCUCCAGACUAAUAACUUCCCGGAAUUCACGGGACGCGUGUGUCCAGCGCCUUGUGAAGGCGCCUGCGUGCUUGGGAUCUCUGAGCCUCCGGUGACUAUCAAGAACAUCGAGUGCACAAUCAUCGAUCAUGCCUUUGAGCAGGGAUGGAUCGUUCCUGUGGUGCCUGAGGAGCGCUCAGGGAAGCGAGUGGUGAUUGUGGGAUCAGGACCUUCUGGUUUGGCCGCAGCUCAGCAACUGAAUCGUGCUGGUCACUUGGUGACUGUCAUGGAGCGCAAUGAUCGUAUUGGGGGACUUCUCCAGUAUGGCAUUCCCACCAUGAAACUGUCCAAGGAUGUGGUGAAACGUCGUGUGGAUUUAAUGGCCGCUGAAGGCAUAGAAUUCCGCACUGGUGUGAAUGUUGGUCGGGAUGUGUCAGCGGCCCAAUUAGCCAAGGAUUAUGAUGCUGUCUUGCUGACCACGGGCGCCACUUGGCCGAGGGAUCUUCCUCUGGCGAAUCGUGAUUUGGGCGGUAUACACUUCGCCAUGGAAUUCUUGGAAUCUGGACAAAAGAAGCAGAUGGGAAAUGCGAUUGAGAACAUCUCAGCCACUGGGAAGAAUGUCAUUGUCAUCGGAGGCGGAGAUACAGGAUGCGACUGCAUUGCCACGUCUCUGCGCCAAGGCGCAAAGAGCAUCGUGACAUUUGAGAUUCUCCCGGAGCCGCCAAAGGGACGAGCAUCUGAUAAUCCUUGGCCGCAGUGGCCGAAGGUCUUCCGUGUGGAUUACGGGCAUGAGGAGGUGCGCGUGAAGUUCGGAAAGGAUCCCAGACAGUACAGCACCACAACAAAGGCGUUCAUCAGUGAUGGAAAGGGGCACAUUAAGGGUGUGGACACAGUCGAGGUGGAGUGGACAAAGACACCGACUGGACAGUGGAGCAUGAAGGAAGUGGCUGGAACGGAGAAACACUUCCCGGCAGACCUGAUUCUCCUCGCCAUGGGAUUUUUGGGACCUGAGAAAGGAGUUCCCAAUGAAUUGGGUCUGGAGAUGGAUAAUAGAGGCAAUAUCAAGGCAGUGAAUGGAUCCUAUGGCACUUCAAACGCAAAGGUCUUUGCAGCAGGAGAUUGUCGCCGCGGUCAGUCACUGGUGGUGUGGGCCAUCUCGGAGGGACGUCAGGCUGCUCGUCAGGUGGACUCCUAUCUCACGGGCCGCCCCAGUUCACUGCCAGGUCCUGGAGGUGUCAUCGAUCCCACGCGAAUGCCGUAAGGUGAACGGCGCUGUAGCAGACGCGAGGACUCGCGAGUGCAUCAAUAUUCCACUUUAACUCUUUUGCUGAUCAUCAAGAAAGCUUUAGUUGAAAAAUCUGUGGUAAUGUGUAGUCAUUUGUGCGGGGCAGCGUGUUCUUGAGACACCAGCGCACAACCCGUAUUUAUGUAAUUUACGUUACUUUCGGCACCUUUGCUGAACGGUUCGAAAGUAUAUAAUUUUUAUUUGUAAACACGGAAAAGCCCUCCUGGGCAAUUAGAAGAAAAGUUCCGAUAUAUUGUAUCAUUGUAGGUGAAAAGAAAAUAUGUUACAAGAUUGUAGAUUUUAGAAAUUUUAAUGUUUCUGUCGUAAAUAGUUGACAUACUAAGUGACUGGGCUUGACGUCAAGAAGUCUGUGAAUGUUAUCAUCAAUCUCGUCAAUUAUGAAUUGAAGAACAAAACGACAGGAGAGGAAGAUGAAACGAUUCCUGGGACAGGGUUUGUGGAGAAAAAGAAAAGAUAUUCUCGUAAUCUUAAGUGCAUUGUUAAUUCUUCCGAGACAAUAAUUAGUAUAUUAAGAGGAAAGACACAAAAAGAGAAACAAACAAGAAAGUCUGCAUUUCAAGAGCUGUGUUAAGAAAUCAUUAAACAAAUAUCCUUGUCUGAUUUUGUCCUUCCAAAAAAAGAAACUAAUAAUAUCAUGUUAAUUCUUGAAAGAAAAAUAAAUGUGUUAUGAAGCAA